CGACGACGCACCCGAAUUUCUGCGCUUGACGUCGCACGGCUUUUCAUUUCAAAGCCGCAACUUACACAUAUUCUGUACUCUCGCUUUCUUGCUGGACCGAGGAGAUGCUGAGGCUAGUCGCGUCAGCUUCACGGCCUGCGUCGAAGGGGCGCCUAGUCCAAGUUGUAUGUUCAGGUUGUAAGGGGGGUCAACGGACUUUCGCGUCCACAUCGGCGCGUCCCGCAGACAUCACUUUGACCGUUGAUGGCAAAGAGGUUACCGUUCCUCAGGGAUCGGCGCUUAUUCAGGCAUGCGAGGCUGCUGGUGCAACAAUACCACGGUUUUGCUAUCAUGAUAGGCUCGCUAUCGCAGGCAAUUGUCGUAUGUGCUUGGUCGAGGUUGAACGAUCACCAAAACCUGUCGCGUCAUGUGCGAUGCCUGCUAUGCCUGGAUCUAAAGUCUUUACAAAUACUCCUCUCGUUCAUGAGGCUCGCGAAGGUGUCAUGGAAUUUCUCUUGUCCAACCACCCCUUAGACUGCCCAAUCUGUGAUCAGGGUGGUGAAUGUGAUCUUCAAGAUCAGUCAAUGCGCUACGGUUCAGAUCGUUCCCGCUUCCACGAAAUCACCGGUAAACGCGCUGUCGAGAACAAGGACUUGGGACCUCUCGUGAAAACUUCAAUGAACAGGUGUAUCCAGUGCACACGCUGUGUUCGUUUUGCGAACGAGGUUGCUGGCGUCGAGGAGCUCGGUACGACUGGUCGUGGAAACGACCUACAGAUUGGCAUGUACGUGGAGAAGACCAUGGACUCGGAACUUUCCGGGAACAUUGUCGAUCUCUGCCCUGUUGGUGCUUUGACGAGCAAGCCAUACGCGUUCCAUGCACGACCAUGGGAGCUCAAGAAUACUGAAUCUAUCGACGUUCUUGAUGCUGUUGGCUCUAACAUCCGUGUAGAUUCUCGUGGGGUCCAGGUCAUGCGGAUACAGCCUCGUACAAACGACGACGUCAACGAAGAGUGGAUCAGUGACAAGACUCGUUAUGCCUACGAUGGCCUCAAGUUCCAGCGGUUAACCACACCCCUUAUCAAGGAGGGUGACCGAUUCGUUCCAGCAACAUGGGAAGACGCGCUGUCUGCCAUUCGUGACGGACUAGCGAAAUCGGGUGCGAAGGGCGAUGAGAUUCAGGCUGUUGCUGGUCACCUGGCGGAUACGGAGUCGCUCGUAGCGCUGAAGGAUCUCAUCAACCGUCUUGGUUCUGACAAUACUGCUCUAGACCAAGCUGGGGGAUAUGCACCCCCUGUCGCCGGUGUCGAUGUCCGAUCCAACUACCUAUUUAAUACGACUAUUCCGGGUGUAGAGGAGGCAGAUGCCAUCUUGCUCAUUGGGACGAACCCUCGACACGAGGCGGCAGUUCUCAAUUCUCGCAUACGCAAGUCCUGGUUGCAUACUGGUCUCGAGGUUGGCUUUAUCGGUGAACGUGCGGACACGACCUAUGGAUACGACUACCUCGGACCAGAUGUGAAAGCUCUCGCAGAUUUCAUUGCCGGCAAGGGAGAGUUUGCGAAGAAAUUCCAAACAGCGAAGAAGCCUCUCAUCAUCGUUGGCAGUGCAAUUUCCGAGCACCCAGACGGUCCUGCAGUGUACAAUGGAUUGGCCAAGUACGUUGAGAAGAACAAGUCGACUCUGUUGACUCCCGAGUGGAAUGGUCUUUCGAUCUUGCAACGAGUCGCUUCUCGCUCUGCAGCAUAUGAUAUCGGCUUCGUCCCGUCGAAGAAGGCUACCAUCACUACCCCCAAGUUCGUCUACCUCCUGAACGCCGACGAGGUUGAACCUAAGUCAAUCCCGAAGGACGCAUUCGUCGUGUAUCAGGGUCACCAUGGAGACCUUGGUGCUCAGCUUGCCGAUGUUUGCCUGCCUGCUGCCGCGUACACCGAGAAAUCCAUGACCUGGAUCAACACAGAAGGUCGUGCUCAACUCGGCCGUGCUGCCGUGCCCGCUCCUGGUGUCUCGCGUGAAGACUGGAAGAUCCUUCGGGCUCUUUCCGAAGUCCUCGAUAACCCUCUGCCGUACGACGACGUCCUUAGCUUGCGUGACCGCAUGUGGGAGAUUUCGCCAACACUCGUACGCUACGAUACUACCGAGCCCACCUCUGUCGAUGUCGCACUUGCGGGCCUGAAGACAUUGUCGGCACGUACGGAUCUGGCCAAGAUUUCUGGGAAACCUUUCCAGAAGCCCAUCGCUAACUUCUACCAGACAGAUCCCAUCUCGAGAGCGUCCGUCACGAUGGCGCAAUGCACACGCUCCUUUGUCAAGGGGGAGGACUACGGGUUCUCACAGUCGGAGAAGGCUGCAGAGGCUGCGUUUGCAUGAAAACAUCUGGGCUAGAGUGUACAUGUAUUGGACGAAGGGUCGAUCAUAAUAAAACGAGCUUUCAUUAUUUGCUUUC